AUGAUGAAAGAGAGGGGAUGUUGUGCGUCCAUCUGUCAAUGUUUUUUCGAAUAUUCAACGCCGAAAAUUCUUGUAAUUCGGAGCUUCAAGGUUGGAACCGUCAACAGAAUCACGCAGGCUUUAGUGAUUGCAUAUGUGAUCGGGUAAGUGCGCAUAAAGACUAAUGGUAUGCUACCACAUGACAUUCUAACAAUUUCAUAUUGACUUAUGUUUACUAAUCAAACAAAGUGGUUUCGUCAGUACCCCCUUCCUACACUGCCAUCAUAGCCACAGCUGUCACAACAUUUUUUGGCAAUACUUCACUUAUUUUCAUAUGUAUUUUAUGUAAAAAAUAUACAAUGAUUUCUCUGUGAUUCACCCCAUAUUAUACUUUUAAGCCCCAUGGACCUGGGCAUAAAGGUAAGCCCAUAAUACAUUGACCACUGCUUUGCAUGCCCUCUUGCACACCUAUGCAGGUAUGUCUGUGUGGUGAACAAAGGCUACCAGGAGACGGAUGCAGUCCUCAGCUCUGUCACGACCAAGGUGAAGGGCAUCGCCCUGACCAACACUUCUGACCUGGGCCUGCAAAUCUGGGAUGUGGCAGACUAUGUCAUCCCACCACAG